AGGGUGAGGAGGAGGAGGGGGGGUUGUCACAGGGAGCGCAGGAAGGAGAGACCAACAGAGACCGACCCGCAGCCAGUCCACUCACUGAUGCCCUGAUCCUUCCUCAGCCGCGCCGCGACUCCACCUCUCCGCACUGAACUCCUCUCAGCGCUAACUCGCUGCUCAACAAACUCGCAACAUCUGGAGGAGGACCGGAGCUGCCGCCGCUGCCCGCAGCUGCACGUUUCCCCCCCACCCCUCGCUUCUCUCUCUCUCUGCUGCCAGGAGAAAGUGUUCGCGUUCCCCUGAAAAAAAAAAAAUAUAUAUUAGAAGUUGGAGGAGAGGGAGAGUGAGAGGAGUUGCCUGACAGAGAAACAACUCUUCGCUUCGAGGACGAGCACCACCAACACGGAGGUGAAUGGACCUCCACCGCCCCUUCAAGAUGGACAGCCCCUCCUACCUGCCAGCUCCACUGGCCUCCCCCGCCCUGAUGGUACUCGCCUCCACUGCCGAGGCCGGCCGAGACGCCUCCGUCCCCUGCCAGGCUCCCAGGCCCUUCGGCGUCCCCACCUCGGUGGAGAAAGAACUCCACCUCCCCUUCCCCUCAGCCUCUUACACCUUCACCUCCAUGUAUCAGCGGCAGGGCCCCAUGUCUGGCACCUUCCCCUCCCGAGACUUCCCGGCCUCCCUGCUCCACCUGCACCCCCAGUUCACCCCGCCGAACCUGGACUGCUCAACCCUGAGCAUGCUCAACCACAGCGGGGUGGGCGCCUUCCGACCUUUCUCCUCCCCGCAGGAGGAGAGGGAGUCGGGGGUUUACCAUUCAGCUUUCACCCCUGCCAAGAGGCUGAAAAGCUGCUUCCCGGAGGUGGAGGGGAAGGAGUUUGACUUCGGCUCCCCGGGGGGCUCCCUCAAAGCCGGGGAGGACUCUGGGAGGAAGCUGUUCUCCAUGUCGGGCCUCCUGUCUGAUGGAGAGGCUUCAUCGAGCCCGGAGGAGCGCAAAGAGCACAGCAAAGUGAAGGGUCUGUAUGACGCCCAGGCCCCCAUGUGUCCCGUCUGCCAGGCUAUUCUACGACCUGGAGAGCUGCAGGACCACAUGGAGCAGGAGAUGUCCAAACUCGCCCAGCUACAGAUCAGUGCCACUCCAGCACAGCACGACCGCCUCAUCAGGACGCCGAAGUCUCUCUCUCUCCAUCUUCACAUCAAGCGUGAAGGGGGUUCUCCCACCUCGCCCCCUCGACCUUCAGAGGAGGCCCACUCCGACCGGUACCAGACGUUCCUGCGCGUGCGGGCCAACAGACACACCAGACUGAACGUCGAUGACCUCUGCUGGUGCAGGUGCUACGUCAAAUCUGCCCCAUUACGCCCUCACAGCGCAGGAGCCCACCUAGACUGCACACAAGCUGUCAGGAUCGGGAAGCUGAAGAGGAGGAAACCAGAAGACGGACAGGAGGGUUCAUCAGACCUGGUGCCGUUGGAGGACGAGUGGAAUGAGAGGAGAAGGAUACAGAUGACGUCUUUGGUCGGAGGGUUUAAAGGUGCUGUCCUGGUGAGCACCACCUCUAAGGAGUGUCGAGACAGCGAUGUGGACCUGGACGUGGAUGGAGAUGAUACUCUGGAGUACGGACGAGCGCAAUACACGGAGACAGAUGUGAUCCCCUGUUCUGGAGAAAGAUCCAAGGAGACAACAGUGAACAGCAGCAGCAGCAGCAGCAGCAGCAGCACGUUGCCCGACUCCAGAGUGAAUCUAGAGUUUUCCAAAUGGUCAAACGCUGGGAGUCCGUCUACCAGCAGCGGAGAGAAAGUGGACGGCAGCACAGCGGGUCUCCCCAAAACCUGCAAAAACACUGAGAUAGAGACGCUCUCAGAGGACUCCACGCUGACAACUCUGGAUGCACUUAAAGCUCGGAUACGGGAUUUGGAGAAACAGUUGUCUAAAGGAGACAGAUUUAAAUGCCUCAUCUGCAUGGACACGUACACAACCCCUCUCACCUCCAUCCAGUGCUGGCAUGUUCACUGUGAGGAGUGUUGGCUUCGAACGCUGGGAGCAAAGAAGUUGUGUCCACAGUGUAACACCAUCACCUCACCUGGAGACCUGAGGCGGGUCUUCCUGUGAUGCAGCCGCUCCCAAAACCAAGGAGGAGGGGCUUCCUUUGUUUAAACCAAUCAGGGGUGGACUUGUGGGCAGCUGGCCUGUCAUAGACUCCCACCCUCCUCCUCCUCCUCUUCCUCCUGGUCCUCCUCACACUCUCCUGGUCCAACCUGUUCGUACUCCUAACAUCCACUAACCCCUGAAGAACAGCAAGUGUGACCUUUGACCUUCCCCCUACAGCCCCGUACGAUAUCCGCCUUCCUGCUGCAACACCGACCAGAUCAACAAGACACAUCUAAAAACCAACUGACAGCUCAGGCACUGAAAAACAAAUGGGGAGAAAAAAAAAGAAAUAGCUUUGGGACAAUAUUUAACGAUUUUGUAAUCCUUUUUUUGUGUUUUAUGAGGGAAAAAAAUUAAUCACAUGCAAAGCACAUGUACAUAGUUUUGUGUAUGUUUGGAUUGAUGUGUAGCAGAACAACCCGACUGUAUUUACUGUACAGUAAAGUUUGUCUUUGCUUAGA